GUCCUUCACUGCGGCCUUUCUAUUCUCCAUUGAGGUCCAAGUGACUAUUGGAUUUGGGGGGCGCAUGAUGACAGAAGAGUGCCCCCUAGCUAUCAGCCUCCUGAUCAUACAGAACAUUGUUGGUUUAAUUGUCAAUGCUGUGAUGUUGGGCUGCAUCUUCAUGAAAACGGCGCAGUCCCACCGCCGGGCCGAGACCCUGAUCUUCAGCCGCCAUGCUGUCAUAGCCGUGAGGAACGGGAAGCUUUGCCUCAUGUUUCGUGUCGGGGACUUACGGAAGAGCAUGAUCAUCAACGCCUCCCUGAGGAUUCAGGUGAUCAGGAAAACCGUCACUCCCGAAGGCGAGGUGAUUCCCAUCCACCAGAUCGACGUCCCUGUGGACAACUCUGUGGAGGGCAACAACAUUUUCCUGGUGGCGCCGCUGAUCGUCUCUCAUGUGAUAGAUAAGAGGAGUCCUCUGUAUGACGUCUCUGCCUCUGACCUGUGCAGUCAGGACCUGGAGGUCAUAGUCAUCCUGGAGGGGGUGGUGGAGACCACCGGAAUCACCACCCAGGCCCGGACGUCUUACACCACCGAGGAGAUUCUGUGGGGUCACCGCUUUGUGUCAGUCGUCUCAGAGGAGGAAGGAGUCUACUCCGUGGAUUAUUCCAAGUUUGGUAACACCACCAAAGUGGCCACGCCACGCUGCAGCGCCCGGGAGCUGGACGAGAAGCCGUCCAUAUUAAUCCAGACCCUCCAGAGGAGUGAGCUGUCCCACCAGAACUCCCUGAGGAAACGCAACUCCAUGAGAAGGAACAACUCCAUGAGACGGAACAACUCCAUGAGACGGAACAACUCCGGACUUAUUGUGCCCAAGGUGCAAUUUAUGGCCCCAGAACAGAACAAACCAUCAGGGGAGACAUGAUGGACACCUCUCUCCUCCUCCAGCGUCCAUCACCCUCCCACCUCCUGCUGUAUUCCUCCAUACUUCUCUACCCUCCUGUAAGCUUCCCCUGCCCUCCUCUACCCACCCCAUCCUGCACCCUCCUCCC